GUCAGUUUGACAUAACACGAGUAUUGCCAUGUUAAAUCUUUUUCCACUUUGAUCACUUCUCGAUUUUGUUCCUUGAUUCUUCUGAAUUUGUUGAAAAGGCGUUGCUUAUUUGGAUAAUAUAUUAAUAUUUAGUAUAAUUUGAAUAUUUAUUAGAAAAACUUGUGCUGUUUAAAAAAAAAAUCCAUUUAUUUCCGAAUUUAAUUUUAUAAUGUAUUUUAAAUUUUAAUAUUUUAUAUUGUGAUCUAUUUUAUUUUUUAGAUAUCUUAUUUCUUUGGGUGCAACCGAAUUUAAUUACUUUCAUUCAUUUUAUUUUAUUUAAAUGUAUGGCAUCAACGUUUUUAUGUAUUUGUUUUAAAUGGUCGUUUUUUCUUCAAAAUCAGUAAAAUUAUGUUAUUAUAUAACAAGCGACUAACAAGUUAGAUUUCUACGUCAAAUGUAUGGCUUUUUUCUAAUAACGCCAGGCAACAUUAAAACAUUUUCUGUUGUGUGUGUGGGUACUCUGUGUUUUUUAAAUUAAAAUUUCAAUUGAAUCUUUUUUGUAGCCGGUUAUCUAAGUUUUAGAAAUACUAAACUAAUUUAAACUGUGAAAAUGUCAAGUGUGCCUUUUGUUGAAUUCAACAACGAAUUGAAAUGUCCGAUAUUAGGAUUGGGAACCUGGAAGUCGAAGCCAGGCGAGGUGACGCAGGCAGUCAAGGAUGCCAUUGACAUUGGCUACCGACACAUCGACUGUGCCUAUGUUUACGGAAACGAGAAGGAAGUCGGAGAAGCUAUAACCAGCAAAAUUAAGGAAGGAGUCGUAACGAGGGAAGAUCUGUUCAUAACUUCGAAACUGUGGAACACGUUUCAUCGCCCGGACUUGGUGCGCGGUGCCCUGCAGGAGACCCUGGACAAUCUGAACGUUCAGUACUUGGAUCUGUACCUGAUACACUGGCCCCAGGCCUACAAGGAAGACGGCUCUCUCUUCCCGACCGACCAAUCAGGUAAAAUCCAGUUCUCGGACGUCGAUUACGUGGACACCUGGAAGGCUAUGGAGCCGCUCGUCAAAGAGGGUCUGGUCAAGAGCAUCGGAGUCUCCAACUUCAACUCGAAGCAGCUGGAGAGGUUGCUGCAGCACGCGACUGUCAAGCCGGUCGUCAAUCAGGUGGAAUGUCAUCCUUACCUCAACCAGAAACGCCUCAAGGAGUUCUGUGAGGCUCGCGGCGUGAAGAUCACAGCGUACUCUCCCCUCGGCUCGCCGGACAGACCCUGGGCCAAGCCCGACGACCCCCAGCUCAUGGAGGACCCCAAACUGAAGGCCAUCGCUGACAGACUCGGGAAGACUGUCGCCCAGGUCCUCAUCAGAUACCAGAUCGACAGCGGGAACAUCGUGAUCCCGAAGUCCGUGACGAGGAGUCGGAUCGCGAGCAACUUUGACGUGCUCGACUUCAAGCUCUCCCGGGAGGACGUCGCCCUCAUCGACUCGUUCGACUGCGGCGGUCGGCUGGUGCCCAUGACAGCUUCCCUCGGGCACAAGCAUCACCCGUUCGAAAAUGAAGAAUUUUAAUUGAAACAUUCGUAAUAAUGUUGAAUAUUUGUAAUUUUAGAUGCGAUUAACGAACGAAUUUACGUUAAAUAAAGACAUUUUUGAUGA